UUAUGAACGAUUUUGUUGAAAUAUUGAGAUAUUAUAUUUCACGAAACCACGCAAACAGUUUCAUGUAAAGUUAUGGCUGCCACGAACGGAGUUUUUGAGCUGAAUUGUGCCUACCAGAACUAUGCCUGGGGGAAAGUGGGGUCCAGCAGUGAAGUUGCCAAGCUGCUGAAGAGUGGUAAUGCCUCAGUCAGCAUCGAGGAACAAACUCCAUAUGCAGAGCUGUGGAUGGGAACCCACCCCAGUGCUCCUUCAACUAUCCCCAUGGCGGAUGGACAGUCGUUGGCAGACUGGGUACAGGGAAACCCUGAUGGUCUUGGUAAACCAGUCAGGGAGAGGUUUGGCGGGGCGUUACCUUUCUUGUUCAAAGUGCUCUCAGUUCAGAAAUCUUUGUCCAUUCAGGCCCACCCCAGCAAGGCUCAUGCAGAAGAACUUCACAAGAGGGAUCCCACGAACUAUAGGGACCCCAACCACAAGCCUGAGAUGGCUAUAGCACUCACAAACUUCACCGGACUGUGUGGCUUCAGACCUAUACAGGAGAUUGUGGCCUUUGUUGACAACAUCAGCCAGUUGCAGACGGUGAUAGGAGCUGACAAGACUGCUGGCUUGAUGUCGGCGGGUAGCAGUGACAACCCUGAUGUGGUAAGGGAGGCAAUCGCGGAGGCGUUUGGAGCCCUCAUGAGGCAAAAUAAGGACAUAGUGAAAACACAGUUGUCUGCCUUGGUAGCCUGGGUCAAAGAGCUGGAGGCAGUGGGCAAGGAUACCAGCCAUUAUGUUGGGGACAUCUUGUUGAAGCUGGACCGAGAGUUUCCGGGAGAUGUUGGUGGGUUUUCUGUCUUCUUCCUGAACGUGAUCCACCUGAAGAAAGGGGAGGCGAUCUUUCUGGAAGCUAACCUGCCCCAUGCCUACCUGUCUGGGGACUGUAUGGAAUGCAUGGCGUGUUCUGACAAUGUUGUACGGGCCGGGCUCACACCAAAAUUCAUUGACACUGAGACGCUGCUUCAAAUGUUGAACUACACGGGCAAGCCAGCUGAGGACAACAAAUAUCAGCCGAGUGUGUUCAAGGAGAAUGGUGUUACAAUACGAAGGUUUACCCCACCUAUCGCAGAUUUUUCUGUCACUGAAAUACUGGUGGAUGCAGCUCAGACUUCCUUCAAUCUUCAAACAAUGGACAGUGCAAGUAUAAUCAUCUGUAUAGCAGGAAGUGGAACAUUGAAUGGUGGGAUCAAGGUGCAUCGUGGGUCUGUUCUUUUUAUAGCAGCCAAUGAAAGUGUGACUUGUACAACUGAAGGAGCCAAUGAGAUGUUGUUAUACAGAGCUCAUGCUGGAGUUUAAAGCCAUAAACAUGUUUAAAUCUGUUGUAUCAGACAAUUUUUGGCGAAGUUGAAACCCUUUAUUUGAAAAAAAAAACAGUCGCAAUCAGAAUAAUUUGAACUAUCAAAUUUGGUUUACAUAUUAACAGAGGCAAAACGAACAUGUACAUGCAUAGCAAGGCCCAUAACUCUUGCUUUAAUAAUCACUAAGUUAUGCCCCUUGUUUGAUUGACAAAAAAACAACAAGAUGAGCCGACUGUCAGUGUUCACUGAGUGGCACUCCUGUUGUGUAUUUAUUUUUUGUUAUGACUUUUUAUACGCCCAUCUUACGAUGGCUGUAUUAUGGGAACACCCAUGGCGGGCGGGCGGGCGGGCGGGCGGGCGGCUCCACAAUGUUGUCCGCUCUCUAACUUGAACAUUUCUCAUCCAAUUUCCACCAAACUUCAUGAAAGUGUUUGUUGGUGAAAUAUCUAGGUCAAGUUCGAUAACCAGCCAAAUCGCUCUAGGCACUCCAGAGUUAUGGCCGCCUGAAUUUGUCAAAAUUGGGCGGGCGGCGGGCGGGCGGCUCCACAAUGUUGUCCGCUCUCUAACUUGAACAUUUCUCAUCCAAUUUCCACCAAACUUCAUGAAAGUGUUUGUUGGUGAAAUAUCUAGGUCAACUUCGAUAACCAGCCAAAUCGCUUUAGGCACUCCAGAGUUAUGGCCCCCUGAAUUUGUCAAAAUUGGCCAUUUUAGCUUUGUCCGCUCUCUAACUUGAACAUUUCUCAUCCAAUUUCCACCAAACUUCAUGAAAGUGUUUGUUGGUGAAAUAUCUAGGUCAAGUUCGAUAACCAGCCUAAUCGCUAUAGGCACUCCAGAGUUAUGGCCCCCUGAAUUUAUCAAAAUUGGCCAUAUUAGCUUUGUCUACUCUCUCUAAAACAGUUUUUAUCCGAAUUUCACCAAACUUGCUACUAUAAAUGUUUGUUGGUAUAUAUUCUUGGCAAAGUUCUAUAACCAGCCAGGCUCUUCAGGAUUAUGGCCCUUGAAUUGGUCAAAAUUUGCCAUUUUUGCUUUGUCCACUGUCUAAUUUGAACAGUUAUCAUCUGAUCUUCACCAAACUUGCUGAAAAUAUUUGUUGGUAAAAUAAAUCGGUCAAGUAUGAUAAUCAGCCAAAUGCCUAUGAAAAUUAUAGACAUUUUAGCACCUUUUGACUCGAAACCCUCGAAUUAAAAUAAAAAAUUUCUACUGUUAAUGCCAUAUUGUGCCAAAUCAUUUGCUUCUUGAAAAGCUUGCUUCUCAAAGGGCCAAUGUGACAGUAAGUUGUCUUAGAAUCCAAGAAAUUAUUGAUGGGCGUAUUUUGUGAGUGUCACUCUUGUUAGGAUUGUUUUGUUACUUUGUGCCAAUUUGGCAUGUGUUUGGUUUGGCCUAUUUUUCAACUUACAAUGUAGUUCAAUAAAAAAACCUUGCCCCUAUCUAUUAAAAUGAGAUAUUUGUAAGAUUUUUUGCAAUAUUUAUUGUAUUUAUUUUCCAAUUUGUCAAGACAUUUUUGAGAGCAUUCUCUUUUCAUUUUAUUUUGCGAGUUUCACAAGUUAAAACUUUUUUACUGUUGUAAAGAUUGUCUUUGCAUUGACAUUUGCAUCAAAAACAGUAGGAAGUACCUUUUAAUUAAUGUAGCUAACAUUGGAAAAGAUGUGUAAGCUCCUAUACCCUGCUUUUGGCAUGAAUCCCUCCGAAUCAAAUAGACCCCCCGGCUAUGUUUCGGGAAUGACUCUGAUCCACUGUUGGAGCCCCUGAAUUAAAUUUGUUUUCUUUAUUCCAAGAACAAAAUAAUGAUUUACAUGUAAAUAAUGUUUUAUAUUUGAUAACUAUUAAACGUAAUAACAAAAAACACACUAUUAAACGUACCCAUAAAUAAAUCAAUCUAUAACUCAUUAAAUGCUUCUGCUGAUUAGCUUUAUAGAAAUGUGUCAUGAUAGCUUACUUCUCUUAAUUACAGAAAUAAGUUUUUAAUGCAUACAUAUACAUUCCAAUCAUCUUGUAUGUGGUAUACAAGUUUUAUUUAUAAUAUUAUAAACUGGAGUUUGAUUUAAAAUAAUAUUUCUCGGUUAUGAAAGUGUAAUCAAACAAGCUACAACGCCAACCUGUAGCUCUGUAUCAGCUUCAGGACAAUUAAAGUAAUCUACAUUAAAACUGUUACUAUUAAAUGGAUCAUUAAUAAUUAAGGCAGUUCAGAAGAGAAACCAUUAGUGCUUUAUGGAAGACCUCAAGUGGGUCCUUCUUUCUGCCUGACUAAACACUUGAUGUAUGCCUUGUCAAUAAAUGAAUCAUGCAUCUGCCUUUAGAGAGUGUAUUUUAUGUGCACUGCAAGAAUUGUUGAUGAUGUGUUUUAAAUAUCCACAUUUGUUUUGAAAAGUCAUUGUGGCAUCUGUAUUAGCUUGAAGAAAUUUUUAGUGCUUUUUAGCUCACCUGUCACAUAAUGACAAGGUGAGCUUUUGUGAUCACAAUUUGUCCGGCGUCCGUCCGUUGUCCGUCCGUCGUCCGUCCGUCGUCCAUCCGUCCGUCCGUAAACUUUUACUUUAAACGACAUCUCCUCAUAAACCGCUCAGCCAAUUUCAUCCAAACUUCACAGGAAUGUUCCUUGGGUGGUCCCCUUUAACAAUUGUUCAAAGAAUUGAAUUCCAUGCAGAACUCUGGUUGCCAUGGCAACGGAAAGGAAAAACUUAAAAAGUCUUCUUCUCCAAAACCACAAGGCCUAGAGCCUUAAUAUUUGAUAUAUAGCAUCAUCUAGUGGUCCUCUACCAAAAUUGUUAAAACUAUCCGCCUGUGGUCAAAAAUGGCCCCGCCCCGGUGGUCACUUGUUUUACAUAGACUUAUAUAGGGAAAACUUUAAAAAUCUUCUUCUCAAAAACCACAAGGCCUAGAACCUUGAAAAUUGGUAUGUGUCAUCAUGUAGUGGUCCUCUACAAAAUUUGUUCAAAUUAUUCUCCUGGGGUCAAAAAUGGCCCCGCCCCAGGGGUCACUAGUUUUAUUACAUAGUGUUAUAUAGUAAAUCUUUAAAAAUCUUCUUCUCUGAAACUGUAAGGCCCAGGGCUUAGAUAUUUGGUAUACAGCAUACCAGAUUUGUUCAAAUUAUUGCCACAGGGUCAAAAUUGACCCCGCCUAGGGGGUCCUUGUUUUUACGUAGUGUUAUAUAGUAAAUCUUUAAAAAUAUUCUUCUCCAGAACCGUAAGGCCAGAAGCUUAGAUAUUUGGUAUACAACAUCAUCUUGUGGACCUCUAUCAAAGUUGUUCAAAUUAUUGCCACAGGGUCAAAAUUGGCCCCGCCCUGAAAGUUAUUUGUUUUUAUAUAGUCUUAUAUAAUAAAACUUUAAAAAUCCUCUUCUCCAAAAUAUAAGACCUAGAGCUUUCAUAUUUGGUAUAUAGUGUUACCUAGUGGACCUACACCAAAGGUAUUCAAAUUAUUGUCCCGGGGUCAAAUUGGCCUUGCUCAGGGGUCAUUUGUUUUUACAUUGUCUUGUCACUUAAACAUCUUUUCCUCUGAAAGUAAAGGUCAGAAUGACUCCAUUCUUGAUAUGUAGCAUCCUUACAUGGUCCUCUCUCAACUUUGUUCAAAUGGUUUUGUUUGGCCCCUUUUAGGGGUCACCAGAGCAAAAAAUAGAAAAACCUUUAAACAACUUGAUCUUAUUAACUGCUUGAUGGAUCUUCAAGUCUGAAGCAUCCUAGCAUGGGCCUCUGUCAGGUCUUUUCAAAUAAUUUUGUUUGGCCCCUUUUAAGGGCCACCAGAGCUAAAAUUAGUAAAAAAAAACAUUUUCUUUGCAUGAACCCCUUGAUAGAUCUUCAGCAAAUUUGGUUUGAAGUGUCCUUGCAUGGACCUCUCUUAAAUUUGUUCACAUAAUUUUGUUUGGCCCCUUUUAGCUAAAAAUAGAGUAAAAAACGAUUAUUCUUGUGAACCUCUUGUUAGAGUUUAAGGCAGAUUAUUGAUUUUAUUGGAUGGUGCAAUGUUUGUUGUUUGUGUAUCUAUACUAAGAGUUAUUUUAGUGUGCAAGUAAUUGAACAUAGUUUUGUCAGUGUGCAGGCAAAUGAACAAGUCCUGUCAGUGUGCAGGCAACUGAAAAAAAGUCCUGUCAGUGUGCAGGCAUCUGUAUCAAGUGCUGUCAGUGUGCAGUCAAUUAUCAAGUCCUGUCAGUGUGCGGGCAACUGAACAAAGUCCUGUCAGUGUGCAGGUAUGAGAAUCAAACUCUUGUCAGUGUGCAGUCAAUCAUCAAGUCCUUUCAGUGUGCAGGAAACUGUGACAAGACCUGUCAGUGUGCAGGGAACUCUGACAAGUCCUGUCAGUGAUUAUCCUGACAACAUGUUUGACCAGUAUGUUUUUCAAUAUUCUUUGAGAACAAAUAUCAAGCUAUAUUGAAUACAAAGGUUAAACUCUUUUACUCAGGUGAGCGAUUUAGGGCCACCAUGGCCCUCUUGUUUAAAUUUGUACAUGUAUUUAAUAAUGAAAUAAGAGUAGAUAAUUAAACAAGAUAAUGUCCCUAGAUUAACCUAAGAAUUAAAUAUCAAGAUAAAUUCAGUGAAGUGUUCGGAUUUGCGAAAUAAAAACUUAUUCUUGAAAUUAAAUGAAUUUAUUAAUAUGUACAUGUAAUUAAUUUUGAAGUCAGUUUUUUAUGUCUGCUACAAAGUGUGGCAGACGCAUGUGGAUUUCUUUGUCCGGUGUCGUACUUUUGUUUCUGAUCAAUAUCAUUGAUCAGUAGCAUCAACGACUUUGUGUAGAAUCUUCAAACUUAGUAUGCACCUUAGUCAUGGUCAGAAGAUGGCCAUUAUUGAUUGUUGGGUCAAUAGGUCAAAUGUGAAGGUCAUGGACACCUUUACUAGAAAAUUAAAGUGUGCUCCUAACAGGCGACAUAUCUGAUUUGUUAAAUUUGACUUUAUUUACCAUAUUGAUGUCCUCACUUAUAAAUACUAAAGCUGCAUUUUUUCUGUUUCGGAGUUUUUACAUCACUAAAAUGAUAGUGGCGAGCCGCAUCCAACUGCAAAAUACUGAGUAAAUUGUCCAAUGAGAAAAUAGUGUUGUAUCAUGUGAUCAAAAUGUAGAGCAAUGAUUGGACAUCUCACAGAGAAGCAAAUGUGCAGAAAUUGUAACUACAAAAAUUGUUACUUUUUGUUAAAAAAUGUGAGAUCAGAUCACCAAGAUUUAAUACCAAAAACGUUGCUACUGAAAACAUGGGAUUUUCUAGUUUCAAUAUCAGGAAGUGAGGCCAUCAAAAUAUUUGCAAUCUAAAUAGUUGAGCUUAGCCUUGUAUCAAAGUAUUAGUUGACAUGCAUGCAUACCUGGAUAGUAUUGUACCUUGUUCCUCCAUCAUUUUAUUUAUUUGUAAUUUCUAAUUUCAUGACAUUUGUUUUGCUUGCUACAUAUAUAUGGGUUAGCGUAACAAUUUUGUUUUAUUGUUAAUCAUAUUUUACAGUGUAUUUAAUCUAUUAAAAUGUUUCACUUUUUGCUUUUUACAUUUUGUUGCCUAUCACAGACUGAAGCAUUUAUUUGCUGUUGUUUUUAUACACAUGUAUGCUGGAAUAAGGUUGGAGUGGUUGUUUAUUUUCUUUGUUAUAGUGAUAUUUACACUAAAGAUUCAAAUCCGUGUUAUACAGUGGUUUUUACAAUGAAAUAUACACAUAUCUGUAUUAUCCACUUUACAUAUCUAUAUUCUAUAUAUAACUAACAUUUUCCAUAAAAUUUUAAUCUGAAAUCCAGUUAAAUGUGGUGCUAAUAAACGGAUUUAUUACGCUCACGUCCGUGUUCAUGUAUGUACAAUUACUUUCUAUGAAUAAUACUUUUGAGUACUG